UUGCCCGUUCAUUGGUUGCAAACUUGCAACCGCGCGGCUGUUUGAGCGAGCGGGCGAGCCGAGAGCUCGCGAUCGCCCGCCAGCCAUGGACCCCUGCGCGUUCGUGCUCCUCACCGUGGACCAGCUCCUCCUCAAGCUCCCCGCCGUGCCGCGCCCCAGCUCCGGCGCCGGGGUGCACCCCUCCACCUCGCCCUGCUUCUGCACGCUCAGCCUGCAGGACCACCCGGCCUCGCCGCCCCGCACCGCGCUGCUGCCGCUCGCCGGCGCCGCGGCGCAGCACGCCGACCCCGUCGUGCUCAGCCUCGACGCCGAGGCCGUGCGGAGGCUCUCCGCGCGCCCCGCCGAGCUCGUCGUGUCCGUGCACGCGGGCCCGACGGGGACCAGCUGCGGCAUCAGCGCGGCCCGCGCCCUGGGCCGGGUGCGGGUGCCCGUCGACGUGGCGCGCGCCGCGGCCGGGGAGACCGUCAUCGCCCGCGACGGAUGGGUGGACGUGGGGAAGCCGGGGUCCGCGUCUUCGCCGUCCUCCGCCGCCCCCGCGCGCGCGCAGAUCCACAUGGUCGUGCGUGCCGAGCCCGACCCGCGCUACGUCUUCCAGUUCGGCGGCGAGCCGGAGUGCGGGCCCGUCGUGUACCAGGUGCCCGGGGGAGCUGCCGGCGGCGGCCAGCGGCAGCCGGUCUUCACCUGCCGGUUCAGCGCCGGACGGAGGGCAUCCAGGAGCAGAUCGCUGACGCCGCAGUCGUCCAUGACCCGGGGCGCCAGCCGGAGGCUGCGGUCCUGGCUCAGCAGCACCCUCCACGGCGACGGCCGCCGCGACGGCUCGCGCGAGCAGCGCAAGGGGUGGACGGUGACCAUCCACGACCUGUCGGGCUCCCCCGUGGCGGCGGCGUCCAUGGUGACGCCGUUCGUGCCGUCCCCGGGCUCCGGCCGCGUCUCCCGCGCCAACCCGGGCUCCUGGCUCAUCCUCCAGGCCACGGGCGCCGGGCCGUCCAGCUGGAAGCCCUGGGCGCGCCUCGAGGCGUGGCGCGAGCGCGGCCCCGUAGACGCGCUCGGCUACCGCCUCGAGCUGGUCUUCGACUCGGGCCCCCACGAGUGCGCCGUCCCCAUCGCCGAGUCGUCCAUCAGCACCAAGCGCGGCGGGCAGUUCGUGAUCGACCCGGCCACGUUCCCCGAGGCCGCCGCCGGCGCCGCGUGGCCGUUCGCCGGCGGCUUCGUCAUGGGAUCCACGGUGGAGGGCGAGGGGCGGGCGAGCCGGCCCACCGUGCAGGUCGGCGUGCAGCACGUGACGUGCAUGGGCGACGUCGCGGUGUUCGUGGCGCUGUCCGCGGCCGUCGAUCUCUGCAUGGACGCCUGCAAGCUCUUCUCGCAGCGGCUCAGGAAGGAGCUGUGCCAGGACCAGGACGAGUGACAAGUCGGAGAGACCGGCCCGACCGGACCGGACCCGAGGGGUGUGUAUUAGUGCUCUUGGGUGCGGCUUUUGUGCUCCUGUGGAUUGUAUGGUGCGUGUGGUUGAGGUAGUCCAGUAGCUAUUUUGUCUUGUGGCGCUGAAGGCCCUGUGGCUGUUUUUAGUGUAGGCUGGGUCGGGUCACAAGAACAGAAACGGGGUGUGUUCAUUCCCUUAUUCUUUCAUUACAGCAUUCACUUCUUUCCAUUCUUUCUACACCUCUCUCUUCUUUGUUCAGUUCAAAAGAUGCACAUUGGAUGUCUUCAGAUACAGUAUUCUGCUUGCGCUUUCAGGGCCGCGUUGCACUUCUUCUAGAGGCCUUUCAGGAACUCGUCGAGCGGCGAGGCGGCCCAUCGCGUCGGGCGAGUCGACGACAUCGAUGACGACGGCCAUGCCGCGGCGCAGGAGCACCUUGGCCAGCUCGACCUUUGGGUUGAGAUGGCCCACUCCCAGCGAGGAAGCGAGGGGUACAGGACCACGGUCGUCUGCUUCUCGAUGGCCAUUGCGAAUUGCGACCGAGCAAGGGAAGGACCAGAGAUUACAGGUGCAUUGUGACUGCCGAGAGGCUUGGACAUCUAUAUAGAAUGGGUUGCAA